ACCGCCCAGAAGGGAGCCCAGUGCGGUCAGACGGCCGGCGACAACCCGAGGCCCGGACACCGAAGAGCGAAGCGGAGGUCCAUCCGCAUCGCCUCGCCAGCACGCCUACCGCUCUCGCACAGGCGGGAAACCCGGCACCGGGCGGGGAUGACGGGGACGGGCCGCAGAGCCGGGGUUGACAGCAUCUGGGCCUGCGGAGGCCUCCCGGGGGCCUGCCGCGCGUCCGCCUAGAUGCCGGCAGCGUCGCCGGCCACUGAAGCAUCUGGGGGCCUUCCGGGGCAGGUCCGCGUCUGGGCCUGCGCGGCGCGGGGCCGGGUUGUGCGGGAAGUCCUGGGCCGUGGCUGGGAGCUGCCCGCUCGGCUCCUGACUCCGGGCAGGGGCGGGCAGGCAGCGCGCCGGGCAGCCCUCGGCCAGAGAUUAUGGCUGCGGCGCUGGGGGCACAAGGGGCGACGCGGCGUUGGUUCGCGGCGCUGCGGGGCAGGAGCCAGAGCCUCGCGGCCAUGUCAGCAGAUGCUCACUGGUUGACAGCAGAGGAGAGGAACCAAGUUAUACUUGACCUUAAAGCAGCAGGAUGGUCGGAAUUAAGUGAGAGAGAUGCCAUCUACAAAGAGUUCUCUUUCAAAAAUUUUAAUCAGGCAUUUGGCUUUAUGUCCCGAGUUGCCCUACAAGCAGAGAAGAUGAAUCAUCACCCGGAGUGGUUCAAUGUGUACAACAAGGUUCAGAUAACUCUCACAUCACAUGACUGUGGAGGACUGACCAAAAGAGAUGUGAAACUGGCCAAGUUUAUUGAAAAAGCAGCUGCUUCUGUGUGAUUUCUUCCAAAACGCAUGUAAAAUCUUAUAUACACAUCUAGCUCCAAUGUAUUUUGAAAGCAAUUUAUCAACACGUGAACAAAUUAAGCCGUAAAUUUAGUUCACCUUUUGAAUGAUCACAUUUUGUAAAAUCA